AUGCUCAAAGUCAGAGGCUAUCUGCGGCAGCUUCAGUUGGCGGGUGCUUCCGUGGCGGGGAAUGUCUACAAGUACCGGAAGAACUUGCUCGUGAACCCUGCGACGCAAGAGUCGGUCGGGGACAUCUUUCUGGACUUUCCACGCAUGAGCACCGAUCUGCCGCUGGACGUCUGGUGUAUGCCUGUGCUACAUUUUGGACCGGGAAGGGCCAGCCUGGCGUCGAUUUGUCUUGCGCUUGUCCCCGUGUUGGACGACGAGGAUGAGCAGCAGAUGUACAAGCGCGUUGGACUGGUCAAGAUUACGAACAAGAAGUGGGAUAGGAACUUCUUUCCUGCUAUUGGGCAACGGAUAAUUUCUUUUAGCUGGUCUACACCAACCAAGAAUUGCUCAAAAUUGUCGUCUCCAAAUCCUCCCUCGUCGAGGCGAUUCCCGUUCUUGGCAAGCCGCUCACAGUCCUUCUACAACGGUUCGAACUUUUUGCCGACGCAAGCCAUUGCUCGCGUUGCCGUCAAAUACGCCAAGAACUGGGUUGAGGAAUUCAAGAAGGCCCAGGCCGGCCCCCCGGGUCCUCCCGAACCCGAUACUGCCGACCCCCCCGCUGCCGAGCCCCCCAAGGUUGACCCUCCCAUCGUCGCGAAGCCCGCCGGUGUCCCUGCGGUCAAGCGGGCAACGGUUUUUGUCGGUUAA